UGAAACAAAGGAAACUGAAUCUUGUGGGGGAGGGUCUGUUUCAAACACGAUGCUGCUGGAAGACGUCUUUUAUUGGCUCUCCUUCAGUCCCGUCAAACUCUGAGCUGACCAAUAGAAACAUUUUAGGGGUUGGGUCAACAAGGACAUCGAAUCAGAGCACGGGCGGUGUUUGCUGAACAUUUACAUAGAGCUGGGGAUAAAUAACCCUGGACGCUAAUACAAGAUUAUUCAGUUUCUUGUUUUGAGAAUUGAACUACUAUCAUGCCUGAGCCAGCAAAGCCCGCGCCCAAGAAGGGCUCAAAGAAAGCCGUCACCAAGAGCGCCGCCAAGAGUGGAAAGAAGCGCAAGAGGUCCAGGAAGGAGAGCUACGCCAUCUACGUGUACAAAGUCCUGAAGCAGGUUCAUCCCGACACCGGCAUUUCUUCAAAGGCGAUGGGCAUCAUGAACUCUUUCGUCAACGACAUCUUUGAGCGCAUCGCCGGUGAGUCUUCUCGUCUCGCUCACUACAACAAGCGCUCCACCAUCACCUCGAGAGAGAUCCAGACCGCCGUGCGUCUCCUGCUGCCCGGUGAACUCGCCAAACACGCCGUGUCUGAGGGAACAAAGGCCGUCACCAAAUAUACGAGCUCCAAGUAAAGCUGAGAGUACCCAAUCUGAACCCAAAGGCUCUUUUAAGAGCCACCCACAGUUUCUAGAAAAGAGUUUCUGAUAUUUGUAUUGGAUGUAAUUACACACGUAUUGUAAAUUCUACACCGUUUCUACAAAUAUUGAAUUAAUAAGGUUUAAUUGGUGAUAUAACAUUGUCGUGUUUACAGUGAGGAUUUGUCCAUGUUUACGUUCAGUAAGUUUUGUGCUUCGCAUAUGACAUGGCAAGUUGACAACAUAAACGUGUUUUUUAUUACUAGUUUAAAAAGCACGUGAUGUUGUGAUGUCAUACACCGAUCCGUCCGCGGAAAUUAGCUUACAAGACUUUGGCUUCAGUAUGGCCUUUUUCUUGCUAAACUAGUGUAGACAUGUUUGCAAGCGAUUUUCACACUACAAUCUAAAAGCAUUAUUGGCAAAAUCAUUGUGUUAAGCGGUCUGUCACAGUGUGUUGUGGCCUAUAUAUUGUAUGGAUGGAUUUAAAUUGCUGUAUAUAAAAUGCAGUAUUUUAUGCUUGUUAACAUCUCAACAGUCUGGGUUUUCACUGAAUGUGUGACACGUUUCAGUUCUGUUAGAUUUUUUUCAAUUUGCCACAAAGGGAAGUGAUGGAGAAAAGACAUCAGUGAGCGUUUGAUACCAUCAGGGCCUUUCAAAACACUGUAGUUUCAGAAUGAGGAGAAAUUUGAUAAAGGGACACCUAAAUGUCAUUCUGGGCAUACUUCAAAUAAUUUACACCCAAAAGCAGGUGAAAUAUAUUGUCUUUAUCAGAAAAAAAAGUUUAUGGUAGAGUGUCACUGUGUUCAAAUGUGUUCUUUCAUAAGUGUUUUAAUUAAAGUCUCCUUUAAUUUAACUACUUUUUUUAAAACAAGGGGCCUCAUUAAUAAAAUGUUGCAUAGGAACAAUCCUAAA